AUGGCAUCUCGACAUUUACACCAGCAUUACCAGCGUCGGGCCCCCAAAGCAAGGAGCCAGAAUCCCGGUGUCCUAAAGCCGGGGCAUCACUCGGUCACACGCGCUUUUGACUCCGAAUCCGCACCCCCGACAUGCUUUUCUUCCGAGGACCACCCUCCAGAGGCUAUCAGAGAUCACACCAAGCAUUAUUUUGGAUGCAUCAACAUCGCAGACCGUGCCAGUUACUUUCUUGACCCCGACAACAGCCCUAUCUGGCAGCAUGAGUUCCUCCUUGAGAAGGAGUAUCUGAAAUCGCUCCCCGAAAAUGGAAAGCGUCCAGACGAUGAGAUUACACGAGCCGCAAAACAGCGUAGAGAUAAGACGAUCGAGAGCACCGCUGUCGCAAUUGAAGCUCAGUACAGAAGAACCGACAUCCUUCGACAGGCUGUCAAGGGAACAGUACCAAGCGGGCCCUGCUUGCAGGAAUCAACGAACAUCACGAGAACUGAUCACUUUGUGACUUGUGUUGAAGAAAGUGGGAAGAACUGGAGGGGAUCAACGUCAUAUCUGGCCGGCUUGGAGAAGGUUCAAGCAUGGAAGCGCAAUAGACCAAUCGCCGAGAAUCCACCUAGUACAGCAGCACGGCUCCCUAAUGUUGACCCCGAAUCAAGACCAGAGCCCGGACGGGAAGAGGUCGGAAAGAUAGUGGAACGCAUUCGCAAAAGCACACCGGCAACCGAUUCCAAAUCAGCAGAGUACGAUCUCGAGCGAGAUGUAAACGCAUACCUCAUUCAGUACACACGCAAGAAAGCCGAGGACUGGACAUCUACAGCACUAAACGCAGUACCCACCACGGAUUCUCGCUCAAGGACACUAACGUCGUCACCAACACGGGAGACCUUUCACAACGGCACAACUAGCCGAGCACCGACUUUUUCACCAACACAGAGCUCGCAUGUUCAGUAUCUCGAACCUUACGAGGAGGAACUUCAAGAUCCAAGAUUCAAGGGUAGAUUUCCGGACCAGCGUCUAGCUAUGAACAUUGUUCUUGGUGCAGACGGAGAUUCGGAGUCAUCUCCCGCACCGGGGCCUAGUAUUCUUGCUAGGGAUGUUAUCAAGGUCGACGACCCUACAAGAAUACGAUAUUUCCAUCUGCCGUCCAACAACAUGCACACACACACUCAGAUGCUUCUGAGGCCUCAGUUUUGGCGUGGUCAGCAACAUGGAGCUCGAAGUGGUGUUGUGCAUGCGAGACAUAUGAGACCUCUCUGUGAGAGAAUAUCGUCUGAGGUUACCGAAAUUGAAGAUAAUCCAAAGAAUAUAGUCCUCUUCAUGCCCUAUCUACACUGGGAUACCGACAGAAUGAGAAACAAGAUGGCGAAGAUGAUUGAUAUCGAGUCGGAGCAGCAGCGCAGAAGAAACGAAAACAUCGCCUACGAGAAACGCAAGACACGCAUAGAACAGAGGAAGGACUUGGAGCCGGGUGCGAAGCGCAUAUUACACACAGAUAACAGAGAUCAAAACGAUGAAAAGACGACUCAGAGCGGCGACCAGAAGCGCUCGACGGCCCCGUCACAAGGUGUGAACGAUCUGGCUGAUUUGAUGAACAGACUUGUUUCUGUCGGUAGAAGCAAACAGCGGAUUGAAAUAGAUGACAAUGGCAGGCUCAAGAUCAACAAUCCUCUCGGACAGUACCUGAUUGACGCGGCAAGACUCUACGAAGCCAUAUCUACUUAUCGAGACCAACGAAUGCUGGAGAAGUAUCUGUACCAUGAUCCACCUCUUCACCCCCGCCGAACGCUUGAUCAGUCCUACUACUGGACCUUGAAGACCACCAAGGUCCGAGACAGGGACCAGGUUGUCUAUCGGGGAACAAAUAUGAAUCUGGAUUUUUGUCACCGACUCGAGCCACAGCCAACUACAACAGAGUCCGGUCCAUGGAGCCGGCUCAAGGGAGUAUUCCAUCAAAGCUCGGAUAACGACAAUGUCGACGUCACACUGAAGUGGACUGACCACUGGGACAAGACGGAUAAACAUGGCUGCGAGCACUGCCGGAGUGACAUUCGCAAAAUUUCUCAGCUCGUGAUGGUCGAUCAGCUCUGGAUGUGGGUUUUGGACGAGAAGACAAUUAUCACCUCAUUUCCCAAGCGCUACGGGUUCAACAAGCAGGAUCUUUCGGGGGUGCACAAGUCUAUUCGUCAAAGGCUGAAGUUUGCCCGCAAGAAUCAGGUCAGGUCGGUGUAUGACUUGGCUCUGAUCAUCCUCGACGAAUGUUGCAACACCUUCUUUGAUCGAACCAAGACUGAGACGAAUCAACACACGAUAUCCUUCCAACAUGUCUGGCAUUGGACACAAAAGGCAUCCAAAAUCUACCGCUCGAGAUCCAAGUACAUCGACUCAUCUGACCUGCACGUGCCCCUCUUGGACAUUCACCCAGAAGGGAAGCUGCAAAGAGAGGUCAAGGACAUCAUUGAUGAGCUCGACAUCAUGAUUCAUGUUCACAAGAAGCAGAGAGAGGUGAUCAAACGAUUUUGCAAGCAUGUAGAGCACAUUCUCGAUCCCGACGGCCGGUGGAAGGAAGGCGCUGUCCAACAUGACCGAGGGACGUCAAGAAGGGCACACAGUACCACUGAGAACAUGGAAAAGUAUAUCAAAAUGGAGGAGAAGCGCGACCAGCUUCUGUGGUUUCGAAUGCAGUCUCAAGAACUUCUUGCCGAAGUGGACGAUCGACUUGAUGAGCUUGAGGGGCUGAAGAAGGGGGCUGAGAGUACGGCCCAAAGUGUGAGUUUGACCAGCUACUACACCGCCAUACAAGUCACUAAUUCCGAGGUCAGGUCACCGAUCUUCUGUCUCUCAAGCAACAACAGGCAAGUGUCGUUCAGGCAUGGGAAUCGGUCAAGCAAGCCGAAGAGGCAGUUCGCCAGGGGCGGGCUAUCAUGA